AUGUACGGUAACCGACUCUCCCGCGAGUUCACUACGGGUUUGAAAGAUUUCCUCGUAGUGGCUAAUGCGAACAAGCAGAAGGGUUUUGUUAUCUGUCCAUGUGUUGACUGUAAGAAUCAGAAGGGUUACUCUUCCUCAAGAGAAGUUCACUUGCACCUGCUUCGGCACGGUUUCAUGCCAAGCUAUAAUUGUUGGACCAAGCAUGGAGAAAGAGGGGUUAUAAUGGAAGAAGAUGAAGAAGGGGAUGAUUUCAUCGAUGAAAGCUAUCUUGCUCAUUUCGGUGAUACUUUCAUGGAGGAUGCUGAAGGUGAAGGGGAAGGUGAAGGGGAAGGUGAAGGUGAAGAAGAGGCACGUGAUGAGACCGUUGAUGAUCUUGGUCGGACCAUUGCUGAUGCACGGAGACGCUGCGAAACUGAAAAGGAGAGGGAUAAUUUGGAUCGCAUGUUAGAGGAUCACAGAAAGUCGUUGUACCCCGGAUGCGAUGAUGGUCUGAAAAAGAUGGGCUGCACACUGGAUUUGCUGAAAUGGAAGGCACAGGCAGGUGUAGCUGACUCGGCAUUUGAAAACUUGCUGAAAAUGUUGAAGAAUAUGUCUCCAAAGAAUAACGAGUUGCCUGCCAGUACGUACGAAGCAAAGAAGGUUGUCUGCCCUCUAGGUUUAGAGGUUCUGAAGAUACAUGCAUGCAUCAACGACUGCAUCCUCUACCGCGGUGAAUACGAGAAUUUGAAUGAAUGCCCGGUAUGCACUGCAUUGCGUUAUAAGAUCAGAGGCGAUGACCCUGGUGACGAUGUUGAGGGCGAGAAACCCAGGAAGAGGGUUCCCGCCAAGGUGAUGUGGUAUGCUCCUAUAAUACCACGGUUGAAACGUCUGUUCAGGAACAAAGAGCAUGCCAAGUUGUUGCGAUGGCACAAAGAGGACCGUAAGUCGGACGGGGAGUUGAGACACACCGCAGAUGGAAUGCAAUGGAGAAAGAUCGACAGAGAGUUCAAAGAUUUUGCAGCUGACGCAAGGAACAUAAGAUUUGGUCUAAGUACAGAUGGCAUGAAUCCUUUUGGUGAGCAGAGCUCCAGCCAUAGCACCUGGCCCGUGACUCUAUGCAUCUACAACCUUCCUCCUUGGUUGUGCAUGAAGCGGAAGUUCAUUAUGAUGCCAGUGCUCAUCCAAGGUCCGAAGCAACCCGGCAACGACAUCGAUGUGUACCUAAGGCCAUUAGUUGAUGAACUUUUACAGCUGUGGGGCAGACCUGGUGUCCGUGUGUGGGAUGAGCACAAAAAAGAGGAAUUUAACCUACGAGCGUUGCUUUUCGUAACCAUCAACGAUUGGCCUGCUCUUAGUAACCUUUCGGGACUGUCAAAUAAGGGAUACAAUGCAUGCACGCACUGCUUACAUGAGACUGAAAGUGUACAUUUGCCAAAUUGUAAGAAGAACGUGUACCUUGGGCAUCGUCGAUUUCUUCCGAAAAUUCAUCCAGUAAGAAAGAAAGGCAAGCAUUACAACGGCAAGGCAGAUCACCGGCCGAAGCCUGCGGAACGCACUGGUACUGAGGUAUUUGAUAUGGUCAAGGAUUUGAAAGUCAUCUUUGGAAAGGGUCCUGGCGGACAAUCAGUUCCGAAGGGAGCUGACGGGCACGCAGCCAUGUGGAAGAAGAAAUCUAUAUUCUGGGAGCUAGAAUAUUGGAAAGUCAUAGAAGACCAACAACGUUUGAAAGACCCUGAUGACCGGCAUCCGGAAUGGUUUCAAGGUCGUGCCAGCUACGCUCUGACCAAAGAAGAGAAGGUCAUCUUUUUUGAAUGCCUGAGCAGUAUGAAGGUCCCGUCUGGAUUCUCGUCCAAUAUAAAGGGAAUAAUAAACAUGGCGGAGAAAAAGUUCCAAAACCUGAAGUCUCACGACUGCCACGUGAUUAUGACGCAAUUGCUUCCGAUUGCUUUGAGGGGGCUCUUGCCGGAAAAUAAAUAUGUUCGUAACCGUGCUAGGCCAGAAGGAAGCAUCGCCAAGGGCUAUGGAAAUGAGGAGGUAAUUGAGUUUUGUGUUGACUUUGUUCCUGACCUUAAGCCGAUUGGUCUUCCUCGAUCGCGGCACGAGGGGAGACUACGUGGAAAAGGCACGAUCGGAAGGAAAUCAACGAUAUGUAUGGACGGCCAUUCUCUGACUGAAGCACACCACACUGUACUGACCAAUUCCAGCUUGGUGGCUCCGUACUUUGAGAAACACAAGAAUAUUUUACGCUCGGACAACCCGGGGAAGCCUGAAUCCUGGAUUAGGAAGGCCCACAUGGAGACUUUCGGCAGUUGGUUGAGAAAACAUUUAAUGAAUGACAAUGAUGUUGUAGAUCAGCUGUACAUGUUGGCCAAGACACCAUCUUCGACUAUAACGACUUUCCAAGGGUACGAGAUAAAUGGGAAUACAUUUUACACGAUCGCCCAAGAUAAAAAGAGCACCAACCAAAACAGUGGUGUCCGCUUUGAUGCAGCAACCGAGAAUGGGCAAAAGGUCACAUAUUAUGGUUACAUAGAGGAGAUAUGGGAACUUGACUAUGGACCCUCCUUUAAGGUCCCUUUGUUCCGGUGCAAAUGGUUCAAGCUAACAGGAGGUGGGGUAAAGGUGGACCAGCAAUACGGAAUGACAAUGGUGGAUUUCAACAAUCUUGGUUACCUUGACGAACCAUUUGUCCUAGCAAAAGAUGUCGCUCAGGUUUUCUAUGUGAAGGACAUGAGUAGCAAACCGAGGAAACGGAAAGAUAAGAAAACAAUCAGUACAUCAUGCGAUGAUCCAAAGCGCCACAUUGUUCUUUCAGGGAAAAGAAACAUCGUGGGAGUGGAGGACAAGACAGACAUGUCAGAAGAUUAUAAUAUGUUUGCUGAAAUUCCGCCCUUCAAAGUGAACACCGACCCAAGCAUUAAGUUAAGUGAUGAGGAUACUCCAUGGAUACGGCACAAUCAAGAGGACAACUGGAACCAAGCUAUGGAAACCCUUUGUUCAGGUGGUGAGUUCCAAACCAGCAACAGCGAAAUAUCACCUCCGUCCCAGCUACCCAGCCAAAACACCGCUGCACUUGCUCGCAUCUCCAAAAGCACAGGCCCUUGA